UCUACUAUGCGCGUGUGAGAGAGGGAGGGAUAUGGAGAAGAGCAGGAUUCUUGUGGUGGGGGGAACUGGAUACUUGGGGAGGAGGAUUGUGAGGGCAAGCUUGGAUGAUGGACAUCCUACCUAUGUACUCUACCGGCGGGAGAUUGGUGUGGACAUCGACAAGGUCCAAAUUCUCAUGUCGUUCAAGAAGCAAGGUGCUCACCUCGUCGAGGGCUCCUUCUCUGAUCACCGAAGCCUUGUGGAUGCCAUAAAACAAGUAGAUGUUGUCAUAUGUGCCAUCUCCGGCGUGCACUUCAGAAGCAACCAAAUUCUCCUUCAGCUCAAGCUUGUCGACGCAAUAAAAGAGGCCGGAAACAUCAAGCGCUUCUUGCCUUCAGAGUUUGGGAUGGAUCCUGCAAGGAUGGGUCAUGCACUAGCCCCUGGAAGAGUGCCGUUUGAUGACAAAAUGGUGGUGAGAAAGGCCAUAGAGGAUGCUGGAAUCCCCUUCACCUACGUCUCUGCUAAUUGUUUUGCAGGUUACUUUGUUGGAGGCCUGUGCCAACUAGGGAAGAUUGUUCCAUCAAGGGACAGUGUCUGCUUACUUGGAGACGCAAAUGUGAAAGCAAUUUUUGUCGACGAGGAUGACAUAGCGAUGUACACCAUCAAGACGAUCGACGACCCUCGCAUGCUCAACAAAACGCUAUACAUCCGGCCACCGGAAAACAUCCUCUCACAAAGGGAGGUAGUCGAGGCAUGGGAGGAGCUCAUUGGCAAAGAACUAAGCAAGAGCAGUAUUUCAGUGGAAGACUUUCUCGCUAACCUCAAAGGUCAAGACCUUGCUACACAGGAAGGACUUGCGCAUUUCUACCAUAUUUUCUAUGAAGGUUGCUUGACAAAUUUUGAGAUAGGAGAUGGAGGGGAAGAGGCUUCUCAGUUGUACCCAGAGGUCACCUACACUCGAGUGAAAGAUUACCUUAAACAAUAUGUGUAAUAUAAGUACCAUAGAAAAAGAUA